AGGUGAGCUAGGAGCAGGUGCACGCAGGUGGGGAGGGGCCGGAGGUGUCGGGGCGUCCUGCGGAGCCACCUCGAGAUGGGGCUGCUUUGUCCCGGUGCGAGGGCGGGAGCUCCGGGGCAGUGACCGAGAGGCGAGGGCUUCCUGGGCCCGGCUGGUCCUCUCCUUUUCAGGUGCUCCGCACGAAUGGGCUGGGCUUUCUCCUCUGAGGAAGCACCAGGAGCAGCCGGCGCUAACCCCCUCGGAGAAGCCGGGGCAGGCGAAGGAGGGGCUGAGUGGCUUUUCUAGGAUUGGGCUGAAUACCGCGGUGAGGCAGGUGCGGGCAGAACUCCAGAAAGCCAGUGAGCCCUCUUUUUUUUUUUUUCCUACUUUCCAGUUACAAAAUAGUGAAAAAUAUCUUAACCUCUCUCCUGGAAAACGUACAGUUUUAUUUAAAAGUCUGUUUUUUUAAAGGUAGGAAUUGAUCUGGUGGGGUUUCCAACAAAAGGCAAAGAAAGGAGAGAAAAUUGGAAGUGAAGAAAUGUUUUUUCCCAAAAGUACUAUGACUUCAUUCAAUGAGUUGAGAAGAAUCAAGCAGACCUUUUGUGACAUAAGAGUCUAGAAAUUUCAAGGGGCCAGUUCCAGACGGAAAGCUUCCAUUCUGCCGAGAAGUCACCUAACGAGAGGGCCCGAUGGCUACAAAAUCCCAGCCCAGCGUUCCCAAAAGCAAGAACCCCAGCAGCGUCUCCCAUGGCACAGCUGAGUCUCAAGGGCAGUGGGGUCGUGCCUGGGAGGUGGACUGGUUUUCCUUAGGGAGUGUCAUCUUCCUACUGCUGUUUGCCCCGUUCAUCGUGUACUACUUCAUCAUGGCGUGCGACCAGUACAGCUGCUCCCUCAUGGCCCCCGUGGUGGACAUUGUCACCGGGCGUGCUCACCUCUCGGACAUCUGGGCCAAGACCCCACCAGUGACAAAGAAGGCAGCCCAGCUCUACGCCGUGUGGGUUACAUUCCAGGUGGUUUUGUACUCACUGCUUCCUGACUUCUGCCAUAAAUUUCUGCCGGGCUACGUCGGGGGAGUACAGGAGGGGGCUGUGACUCCUGCAGGUGCUGUCAACAAGUAUGAGAUCAACGGCCUGCAGGCCUGGCUCAUCACACACCUCCUCUGGUUUGCCAACGCCCACCUCCUGUUCUGGUUCUCGCCAACCAUCAUCUUCGACAACUGGAUCCCACUGCUGUGGUGCACAAACGUUCUCGGCUAUGCCGUCUCCACAUUCGCUAUGAUCAAGGGCUACCUGUUCCCCACCAAUGCCAAAGACUGCAAAUUCACAGGCAAUGUCUUUUACAACUACAUGAUGGGUAUUGAGUUUAAUCCCCGAAUCGGCAAGUGGUUUGACUUCAAGCUGUUCUUCAAUGGACGCCCUGGGAUUGUUGCCUGGACCCUCAUCAACCUGUCCUUUGCAGCCAAGCAGCAGGAGCUGUACGGCCGGGUGACCAACUCCAUGAUCUUGGUCAACAUCCUGCAGGCCAUCUACGUGCUGGACUUCUUCUGGAAUGAAACUUGGUACCUGAAGACCAUUGACAUCUGCCACGACCACUUUGGAUGGUACCUGGGCUGGGGGGACUGCGUUUGGCUGCCGUACCUUUACACGCUGCAGGGCCUGUACCUGGUCUACCACCCGGUUCAGCUCUCCACCCCACACGCUGUGGGCGUCCUGCUGCUGGGCCUGCUGGGCUACUACGUCUUCCGGAUGGCCAACCACCAGAAAGACCUGUUCCGCCGCACGGAUGGGCGCUGCCUGAUCUGGGGCCAGAAGCCCAGGGUCAUCGAGUGUUCCUACAUGUCGGCCGACGGGCAGAAGCACCACAGCAAGCUGCUAGUGUCCGGCUUCUGGGGCGUGGCUCGCCACUUGAACUACACGGGCGACCUGAUGGGCAGCCUGGCCUACUGCCUGGCAUGCGGUGGCGGCCACCUGCUGCCCUACUUCUACGUCAUCUAUAUGACCAUCCUGCUGACCCACCGCUGCCUGCGGGAUGAACACCGCUGUGCUAACAAGUAUGGCCGCGACUGGGAGCGCUACACGGCCGCUGUGCCUUACCGCCUGCUGCCCGGAGUCUUCUAAAGGGCUCAGGAAGGAGCUGUCGGAGCCACUGUUGAGAACAUUUGGAGCUGGGUCGAGAGCCCAGUGUUUGGUAGGUGGUGGGUUUCCAAUAAAUAUUAGCAGCUUUCCUUCCCCCUUGUCCUCAAGGGACUUCUGAGUGUUACACAGAUGCCCUCUCGCCAGGAGGGACUGAUUUUCAGUAUUCACAGUCCAGAGGGCAGGAGGAUGACCUGGUCACCUCUAAUAGCCAUUUGGUGACAGCUUUUCUUUGUAUUGGAGGCCCGAGCCGCCGCACUGCCCAGACAAACUGUUACAAGAUGAGAAGUCUUCCAGCUCCCUGCUGUUAGGGCUGUACUUUCCCUUGCUAAGUGAAGUGGAAGUGAGAGAUGAGGCCUGCUAGUUAUCCAUUUCUUGUCUCUCAGCUCCAAAUCUGCCCUUCUUGCCUGCUUUGCCUCAGUGGGCCCGACCCUGUAGGUGUUUCUCCUUUGCAGUGUGCACCAUGUUAAACUUGCCACUAGAGGGCACUGAGGGACACUGCACGAGGACGAGGCCUCUCCUCCCAGUUCCGGGGCUUCCAUUUGGUUUCCUCCGUGUUCCCGCUGUUCACCUUUCAGCGGUGCAGGGCAGGGUGUCAGUGGCAGUCUGCCCUGAGUGUGCCCACCCUCAUUAGCUCACAGCAACCACCUCACUGUGGCCUCACGGUACAGACACUGCACCCCCUGGCCUCACUGUCGUUGGGUUUCCUGCAGGCCAUCCAGCAAACUUCAUACACUGGGCCUCGACCGUGCCUUCUCCAGUGAGGCUCAGGGGAAGGGCUACCUUCUCAACAGUCUUCCUUCCUGGGGUGCUGUUCUUCAGAUCUAGGGUGUUCUUUAUAAGUUAACCCCCCAUUAGCAGUAAUAAUUCUUUAAUUAAAUUUUUUUCUUUUGAAUUA